AUUAUAUAUAUAAAGGGGGAUGUUUCAUUUCUCCCAUUAUCUCCAAACGGGAAGAGAAGAAUCACUCACACACACACACAACGCGCAGUGAUAUGAGAACGAGGAGAGGGCUGUGUUAUCCGAGAGUGAUGAAUAGGUGCGUGGAGAAUAGCAGCGGAAGAGUGGCGAAGAGAAGGAAGCUGGAGCUCGCCGGAGACUGCCGGAAAAUUUUGAAAACCUCGCCGGAUUACGCCGGAGGAUGCGAUUUCUUCGACGCUUUACCGGAUGAUCUCGUCCUUUCUGUUCUCGGCAAGCUCAGCUCCACCGCGGACUGCCCCGCCGAUUUCGUAAACGUUUUGACAACAUGCAAAAGACUGAACGGAUUAGGCCUUCAUUCUCUAGUAUUAUCCAAAGCCUCUCAUAAAAUGUUGGCCGUUAAAGCUAGCAACUGGUCCGACUCCGCUCACCGAUUCCUCAAACUCUGCGCCGAUUCCGGAAAUAUCGAAGCUUGCCACACUCUAGGCAUGAUACGAUUCUAUUGCUUGCAAAAUCGAAGCAGCGGCGCAUCCUUAAUGGCGAAGGCGGCGAUUAGCUCUCACGCGGCGGCGCUCUACUCGCUCGCCGUGAUCCAGUUCAACGGCAGCGGCGGCUCGAAGAACGACAAGGACCUCCGCGCGGGGGUCGCCCUGUGCGCACGCGCCGCCUUCCUCGGCCACGUCGACGCCCUCCGGGAGCUCGGCCACUGCCUGCAAGACGGCUACGGCGUGAAGCAAAACAUCGCCGAGGGGCGGCGGUUCCUCGUGCAGGCCAACGCGCGCGAGCUCGCCGUCGUCCUGGCCGCGAAUCCGUCGGCGGUGGUGCCGCGGUCGUGGCUGACGUGCAACCACCAGCGCCACGUGGCCGGCGCCGGCGGGGGCGGCUGCCCCUUGCUGAGCGAUUUCGGGUGUAAUGUGCCCGCCCCCGAGGCCCACGCGGCGAACCAGUUUUUAUCGGACUGGUUCUCCGCCCGGGCUGAGGUGGGCCCGGGCCCGGGCCUGAGGCUGUGCUCUCAUUCGGGCUGCGGCAGGCCCGAGACCAGGAGGCAUGAGUUCCGUCGGUGCUCCGUGUGCGGAGCAGUGAAUUAUUGCUCCCGCGCUUGUCAGGCGCUGGAUUGGAAGCUCCGGCAUAAGGCGGAGUGCACCCCCGUCGAGAGGUGGGCCGACGCCGAUGCCGAUGAAGACGGAGAAAAUGACGGUAACGGAGACGAUGCUUUUGACGGCAAUGGCAUUCAUGAAGCGAUGGAUGAAAGCUGAGGAGAGGGGGAGAAUUGGGGUCAAAUUGUAGAGAAGAGGAAGAUUUGGGGCCAAUUUUUGAUGGAGUAAAAAUGUUUAACAAAGUAUUUUUGUAUAGGGAAUGUAAAGUGCUAAGCUCGGAGGUUUCUUUCUUUCUCUCUCUCCUUUGUUUAAUCUUAUAGAUAUAUUAGUUUAUUAUUGGGAUUUAAGUUGAAGAAAAUCAAAUGUUGGAAACUUGUAAUAGCGCAAAAUUAAUGAUCUAUCUGCUUCAUUUUUUA